AACAGAGGGCGGCGCAGCCCUCGCCGCCGUCCUUCUCUGCGCAGGCGCGCGUCGCCGGACUCCUCGGGGCGCCGAAGCCGCUGCCUGCCCGGAAAGCGCCGCCGGGCGGGCGAGAGGCGCGGAUGUUCCCGCGCGCAGCGACGAAGGCGAGAGCGGCCGCAGCAAAGAUGGCCUCUGCCUCUGCCUCUGCCGGGGAGGCGCCUCCCGCCGCGGCGCUGUGGCUGCCGGACCCGGAUGAGAGACUGUCAUGUCCAUAUGAUAACAACCAUCAGAUCCCAAAGUCUUCUCUGGAAAAGCAUAAGGUGUCCUGUAGGCUGAGGAAACUUGAGUAUUCCAAAUCUGAGGAGGCUGAAAUGUAUGAUUCUUCUUUUUUCUAUGAAAAUACAAAGAUACCUGCUGUUCUAAUGGAUAAGAAUUUACAGUUCCACGUUAUUAAACAAGCUGCUGCUACUGAUGGUGGAAGUUAUUGUCCAGGUGCUUGUUCUGGUCUGUUUGUUGAAGUUCCACAAAACCACAAGCGUUCCAUCUGUGAUCUGACUCAAGCUGAUCGUCUUGCAAUCUACAAUUAUGUUCUCAUGGAAACAAAGAACCAGAGAGCCAGGUCCCAGCUGGCAGAAAAUGACAGUGAUCUGUUUGUUGAUCUGGCAGCAAAAGUCAACCAAGAUGAUGGUCAGAAGGGUCCGAAAUCCCACCUUGAAAUUCUUGCAGAGAUGCGAGAUUAUAAAAGGCGGCGUCAGUCCUACAGAGCGAAAAAUGUUCACAUCACAAAGAAAUCCUACACAGAGGUGAUCCGGGAUGUAAUUGGGGUGCACAUGGAAGAACUUGCCGCACAUUGGCAGGAAGAAAGCAAGAACAUAAAAGAUAGUGAAGACAGAAGAUUGUCUUUCUCAUCAAAACCUUCAGGAAGGUCUACAUCGACUGAUUCCAGACAGUCCUGUGGAAGCUCCAAGGAUGCUGAUCGUUCUAGACACUGGAGGGAUCUGAGCAGAAGUCCAGACAAACAAAAAAAAAGUCGAGAAAAAGCAAGAGAGAGGGAUUCUCAAAGGAAAAGAGAAAGAGAUGAAGACAAGCAUCGCAGUCAUAAGAGAAGAAAGUAAGAAAGCGUGUCUUACUAGAACGAGAUGAACAGUGUGGAUAAGAAAAGACAAACCAUCUGCUUCACCUUAAGAACUUCCUUGUCACCUGGACCAGCAGUGAUGUUUGGGGCCACAUCAAGUGUACUGUACCCUCUCGACUGCAAUUUUGCUUGAGGUGUUGAAGAGACACCCCAUUGUCAGUCCUCUAAUACAGAUCGAUUUGAAGGUGAUCAAAGAAAUCCACCAACCUUACUUUUUUUUGUGACUCCACAGAUGGACACAUCUGUAAAGGAUAUCAUAUUGGUUCAGUAGACUGUGGCCUGGCUUCUGGAAAUCUACAUGAAUGAAUUCACUCAUAUCCCCCUUGCCCAACUCAUGAUGGCAUUUUGAACCAGCUUUAUUUUUGUAACAAAGAGAAAUACUGGCCUUUGUUGUUGGAAUGAGAAAUGACAUUAAAAUGGACAAAAGGACACUAUUCUUGUGAAAGAAACUAGGCACAAUGCAAGCCUCUCUGUUCUAUUUCAGUAUUAUUUAGCUGCCUAAAGUAGUGCCAGCACUAAAAAAUAGAGAUUAUACAGUGUGA